AAACCCAGUCAUUUGAGAAUCAUUUAAGUUAUAUUUCAAAAUACACCCUGCAUUGACUGUAAUGUUAUGCUCAUUAAAUGCCACGGAUGCAAGAUGGCCGACAAGUAACGACGAAUAUCCCCGUUGCUUCACAGCGCCCAUAUUGCAUCUAGUUUUAUGUAUGGGAUAUCUAUGGUGCAAAACAAGUCAAGAACAGUUUAUCCCUACACCGGCUGCGUCUGCGGCAAUGACGAAUUCAGCUAACGACUUGGGAAGUUUUACUCUAGCCAGCAAACUGCACUAUUCAAUAUGAGUCUGGAGUAGUCCUGUGGUUUGGCCAUUAUCUCCCGAAUUGGUGGAAGUGUGAGUCCUACAGCCAAAACAGUAUAAAGUGUUCUACAGUGGCAGUGCUACUUGAAAGAAUGGAGAGCAGCGGCAACCUCAGUGCUCCUGCCUUUGCCACCAGUGAAGAUUCUGUGGAUAUCUACGAUGGCCUUAAUCUCAACCAUUUGAGCAGUUCAGGUAGUCCUUUGCAGCUGAAAGCAUCAAUGGAUCUAUAUGAAGAGAUUGUAACUGAGGAACAACAGGAAAGAGAGUCAACUUAUACCGAGUUGAAAAUCCGUUUCCAAGCGGCACAAAACCAAAUUAAAGAUUUGCACAGGAGACUUCAGCAGAUGGAGAUACAGAACAAAAGACUGAAUGCUGAGAACGUUCAUCUCAAAAAGAAUAUCUCUGCACUUUUACAGACAGCAAAACAAGAGGUUUUGCGAAAGGACACUGAGAUUCAGAGGCUCAACCAGUCGUCUGCGAAAGGUUACUAUCCUCCAUAUAGAGUCAAUAAUCUUCGUGAUCAAAACUUCACCAGUCAAGCCGUUACUGUCUCGAUGAAUAGAAUUCCAAAAUCUCCACCACCCAGCCCUUCCCGUUACAAUUCUCCUUCUCAACCAACAUUAUCAUCAAGAGAUGGACAUCUUCCAAAGGUUCACUUUCAACCCCAAAGAAGAGUAACUGAUUGCCCUAACAACAAGGACAGCGGCUCUUGCAUUGAGCCUCGAGUCUCUUCUUGCAGUCAUUCCAAAGUUUCUUCAAGUGGACAUGGUCUACCAACUGAAAAGUGGAAUGAGCAUUCUGUCAGCAAUCCUUCCAUGACUUCAUUAAACCGACACCAUGUGUCAGAUAAGCAUAAAACCAGAGAGGACAAAUAUCAAACACAUUUUGCUACCACAGACAAGAAGCACGGAAGUACUUCAUCUCCCAGCAAGAACAAUCAUACAAUUGACAAACAAAGCUCUCACAAAUCAGAUACUGACACCCAAAGAAGACAUCAUUCCCGAACAGGUCAAAUCAGGAACAGCAAAAAUGUAAAUAGUUAUCCUAGAUCAGAGAGGAGUAGAAGUCCUCCAAUGAAUAAUUCACAAUAUUCCUUAGAUCCCUGUAAAGAGAGUUCUGAAGAAAGAAGACAUAAAAUAACCCAACAUUCAACUCAUCGUAGCUCUACAGAGGAGUACAGCCGACGUCAUAAAAAACCCAAGAUUAGUGAUGAACAAAGUAGGUCAUUCUCGGAACAUUUGGAUUCAAAAGACCAGAGGAGGUCUUCUUCAUAUCAGCGAGCGGAAAGCUACACUGAUUUCUCCAAGGAGAAGCAACGGGAUAGACUUGCAGAAAGUUACCGGUGGAAGGGAAACAGGCCACAUGAAGAAAAGAAGGCUAGCAAGCAUAGGAGAGAAUCUGAGAGAGUAGAUGAAAAACCAUCCCCAGAAAAACCCUCCAGUCCUAAACACAAUACUGUUCACAAGGAAAGACGAGGAAAACGUUUGAAAACAUCAGUCAAAGAGCCAGUCGAGAAAAGUCCUCAAAAGAGGAAACUGUGCUUCAUGGAAACGCUAAAUUUAACCCUUUCACCAGUUAAAAGCCCGGUAUCCAACACCGGGCAGGAUGGACUCACUGCAGUGAAUUGCCAGAUUGAAAAUGUACCAGAUGACACUUUGCUAGCUGAUUUUAAUGUUAUUAAUGGUAUCGGCAAUGAUCUAGAAGAGGCACCUACAGAUUCUGUUGAACCCUCAACUUUCAAAAAGUUGCAAGGGGUAGCUCUCCAGGAAGAAGUCACAAGUCACUGUAAAGCCCAUUUAGCUACUCAGCAAGCUUCUGGGCAAACUAUUUCAUCCAGCCAAUCUAUAGAUUCAGCAGCCAAUCGCAUAGAUGUAGAGCAUACAUUAAAAGCCCAAGGCAGUUCUUCUCAAAUGGCGAAAGAAAGGAAAGAUGAGGCCAAAACUAAAUUCAGUCCAGAUAGCCAAUUAGGUUCAAAUGAACAACCAGAUGUAAAUAAUUACAGCGGUAACAGAUUUAGCAAGGUUGACACUAAACAGCCAAGCAAUCCUUCCCAAAAAGAAGACAAUGGAAGUUGCAAAUCUCAACGUAUUGCUGAAGCAAAGUCAGUUGAAAACGGUUCCAAAAGGCAAAAUCUGGGCACCAGUUCUCCAAAUAAAUUGAAGAAAUCUGCAGACGCAAGAAAAACUACAUCUCUCAAUCAAGACACAGAGACCAGUCCACAAAUCCAGCAACCAUAUCUCAUCACCUUAGCUAAUGACUCUCAACCAGGAUUGAAGCCUUCUUUUUCAAGCUCUGUUACUGAGCAGGAUGCAUGCAGUGCUCAAGAUGAUCUUAAAGAUACAAAUACUGUAUCUAGUACUAUAAGUCUGGAAGUGGUUCCACAACAGGAGCAUAGGUUGCCUGAGGAAAUUCAUGAUUUAACGAGUAAGGAUAACAUUGGGAGCUCAUGCAUUGUAAAUGGCCCAAGCUCAUCCACAGACUGCAUUGCUGUGUCAAAAGUCAGCAGCACAACAGAAGAUAUUGUUCCACCCCAAGAUGUUUCCGCGCUCACCGACACACAGAAGGAAAGCCCUUGCGAAAAGAGUCCUGCAAAAAAUUUUGAGGCUUGCAGUUCAAUUCCAUUACUUCAUGAUGAGGACUCCAUGAUGCGCACUCUUUGCCAUAUAAAGAGAAUCCCAGCUGCAAUCAGCCCUUUGAGGAGUCCAGUCCACCUAAUGAAGACAAGCCGCCUCGUUGUUGAUGGGAAGCAUGGGCAUGUCAAAAGCUUACAAAAAGAGUUCUCAAUUGCCGCUGCUGCUGCUGCUGCUGGAAAUAUAAAGAAAUUGGAUUUAAACAAAAAAAAAAAAUAUCUAGGCUGUCCUGGAAAAUAUGAAAUGCGGGACUUAAAGGACAAACUAUCAGGAGUUCCUUCAAACAUUUUGGACACUGAACAAGAGGAUGGGGAGAUCUUAACGGAAUGUGAGGAGAUACAAUCACCUGUUGCAACCAAGAAUGUGAAGGUGGCAAGAAUACUUGGGAAGAAGAACUCUGAAUCAACGUGUCUCGCUUCAGAAGAAAAGACGACAUCUGGAAUUGUUUCAACACAAAGUCCUGAGUUCUCCUUUGCUGCCGCUGCUGCUGAUGGACCUAUAAAGAAAUUGGAUUUAAACAAAGAAAAUAAACAUCUAAGCUGUCCUGGAAAAUAUGAAGAGCAGGAUUUGGAGGACAUACUAUCUGGAGUGCCUUUAAAUAUUUCGGACACUGAACAAGAGGAAGGGGAGAUCUUAACUGAGAGUGAGGAGGCACAAUCACCUGACGCAACAAAGAGUGUGAAGGUGGCAGGAAUACUUCGGAAGAAGAACUCUGAUUCAACGUAUACCGCUUCAGAGGAACAGAAGACAUCAGGAAAUAUUUCAGCACAAAGUCCUGGUAAUAAACGUUUCAAAACAGUUUGUCCAACAUCAUCCAAGGCUUCUUUUUCAACAAUAGAAGAAGUCAUGGAAAUGUUCGCAUCAGUUCGCUUGGAAAUCCGAAAGAAAUAUAUGAAGCUUCACAAAACAUUUCCAAGGAAGAGUUUCUUUGGUGUAGUGGAGAACUUUAGAAAGUCUCUUUUGGAAUUUGUGGACGGAGCACAUUUUGGUCAAAUAUGCUGUCAAGCCACGGAUCUGAAAUCAAAGCUGAAAGACUUAAUCGAUUCGUUGUUUGACAAAGUAACUGACAAUGGUAUUGUGAAACGUAUCUUUGAACAACAAGCUGUUGACCUGAAACAAAAGUUGUGGGUCUUUGUGGAUAACCAAGUGGACUUUUUGCUCAAGGAUGUUCACAUGACCUUGAAGCACUUUCGUAGAUCAGCAAAAACUUUAUCUGAAGAAAACAUUCCUCGCGGUCACGAAAGUGAAAGACUUUUGAAGUAUCCUUACGAGAGGACACAAUCGCAAAAGGAUUUAAAGGGUAGUCUAAACAACUUGGAUCAACUGAAACCAUUCCGCUCUCCGUAUAAAACAGGUCUUGGUAGUCAAGGCAAAAACAUCAGAAUUAGCAAUCCGGAAAAGGAAGAAAAAAACCACCAAACACAAAAUGAUGAUGACAAUGAUUCAGGAGUUGACCAUUUUUCUCCUCAGAAGCCGUCUAUCUCAGGGAAACACAAAAUGGAUCCUCUCAUAGCCUCUCACAGCACAGUGCAGUUUGAAAAAAGUGACUUUGAACUUCUUACGGACCAGCAAACUAAAAGUUUAACAUUUAACCUGGUAAGAGAUUCUCAAAUGGGAGAAAUAUUUAAGUGUCUCCUGCAUGGGACUGACUUACUUGAAACCAAUGAAAAAACAGGCGAGACAUCAGGAUGGGCUCUUGGAACUCCAAAAAAGAAUGGGGAACGACUCCUCAGCAUUACAACGCCAAGUAAAUUGUACUCUCCGUCUAAAUUUCUUUCCCCAACCAAAUUUGAUACUCCCUCCAAACUUGUUGGAACAUGGUGCAGCAUGUCACUUCAGGAGAAAGUUCAGGCCAAACCAAAUCCAGCUUUAUUUGAUGAAAGCUGCCUGCUUGAGAUACCGUCAGAGAAUCAAGCAACACUACAAUCAGGCAUUUUGUCACAGGGGAAUCCUUGUAUUCUAGCUGAAGAUCUUGCAGUUUCCCUUACUAUUCCAUCACCUCUUAAGUCUGACAGCCACCUGAGCUUUCUCCAACCAUCUGGUAGCCAUCUUAUAUCCACUCCUGACAGUGUCAUCAGUGCUCACAUUGGUGAGGAUGCUCUGCUAGAUGGUGAAGAUGCUUCAGAACAAGAAAUUCACCUGGCCCUUGACACAGACAACUCCAGCCUUGGGUCGAGCAACAGUGGGCACGUAGAGACAGUUGUCAAUACUUUUGUGUUGAAGCCAGAUUUGCCUAUGCACGCACUCGUGAUGGAGAAGUCCAAUGAUCAUUUCAUUUUGAAGAUCCGUCAGGGAAUGACAUUUUCCACAGAUGAAAGGUCAAAUCAUACAGCAACAGAAGAUAAUGAUCGUGGAAAAUAUGUGGCAGUUCAGGAAAGCCAAGAAAAAAAUUUGGUGAACAAGUUGCAUAAAUAUUCUUCCCCGUCCAAAGCAAUAUCUUCAGAGUACAGUGUGUCUGACCUUUCGGAAUAUACUGUAACAUGUCAAAAUGCCUCUACUGAUAUCAGUUCAACUGAAGAUCAUCUGGGAGUAACAAAAAGCCCUCCACGCUCAGGCCAUUUGUCAAUUACUUCAAAGGCUUGGGAGACAGAGGACUUACACAAUAUUGUGGAUUCUUCAAAAAACCGUUCCAAGGAAACCCCUUUGACAAGCUGUCAUCUUUCAUCUGGGCAGAACAGCACACUGCCCAGUUUGGACGAUGAGCACCCCAAACCAACAGUCAAUACAGAGAGAGACUGUCCAAGUCCCCUGUGUGAUUCCGAAACGAUUUCUUCUGAUUCCCAAACAAGUUCAAGUCCUUUCAAAGAUUCUGCGCAAGGCAAAAGCGAAAGCUCAGGAAAAAGGAUAAGCCAAGAUGUUGCCAACCCUUCUGACCUGCAGGGAGAGGUGGAGAGUUCAGUGCCACAUCAAACUGUAAAGGACACUACUAGACACACAGAAAAAGACGCUAAGGACUGUGAGAAAAGUAAAAAACGGAAAAGGCACCAUGAGCAAUCAAAGGAAAAGCGAACAAGAAGAAACGAAGAGAACUGUAUUCAAGACUCCAAAAAUGAUGUUGAACCAGAAUCCUUAUCUAUAUCCUCAAAUAGUUUAUCUGCCAAGAAUGUCAUCAAGAAAAAAGGAGCUUUGGUGAUGGCAUGGACCAGAGAUGAAGAUCGAGCUAUUCUGGUUCAACUACAAACAAAAGGUGCUUCCCGCAAAACGUUUGCUGCGCUGUCAGAUAUGCUGAACAAACCAUCAGAACAGAUUUCUCAGAGAUUUUGCCAGCUCAUGAAUCUCCUCAAGAAGCAGGGCAGGAUGAAUACCUGAUCACCACAAGUUGUUGUAGUUGAUUUGAAUUUUUUUCACUUUUAAUCCACUAGAGUGUGUCAUGCCAGUUGCAUGAUCGAAUGAUUAAAAUAUGACAACAAUCUGCCUUAUCUUUCAAUUUUAAAUGUUAGAUAUAUUGACGUGUUGGUGUAUGUAAAGUUUUUUCCUGCACAAGAAAUGCAUAGUAAAUAUUUAAGAAUUACAAGUGUGUUUAAAAUGAUCAACCUCUUCCAGUUUAAUGUGAAAUAUCUUCUUUAUAACCUGUUUUUGCCGUAUAUGUGCACAAAUAUAUUUUCUUUAUCACUAGUUUUGCAAAAACCUUGUUCAUCUUGUCACAAGUUUAACUAGCAAUACCUCAAACAAUUGUAGAUCUGUUCAAAUAUUUUGUAUUUAAAUUUUUGUAAAAACAAAACGGUUUGAUUUUGAUGGUGUAAGUUAUGCAAAUUAGAAAACCAUGCAUCAAUACAUUUUAUAUGAUGUGUCUGUAAACCGAAGUUUAUUUUGCUUGAGUGGCUGUACAGAGAGCAUUUUUAAGUCAUCUUGUUUAAUACAAAAAUCACUGUUGUAAAUAAUGUAUAUAGUUCUCAAGUUGAAAUAAAAGUUUUGUUCAUUCUUGUUGCCUGGGUUUUAAUU